ACGUCAUGUAGGUGAGUGACGUCAGACAGGAACCAGUAGAAGGGAGCUUGACAAAUCAAGAUGGCGUCCCACGCUGAAGCAGGAAAGAGAUUCCAGUUUAAAUAAAACUCUCGAAGAAUAGUUUACAUUACAGUGCCACCUCGACAAGACGACGUUUGAAUUUUGAAAAAACAAGACGGAGCAGAUACAGAGUCUCUAAAUGGCUGCGAGGAAGUCUGGAUCAGAUGCAUACAACAAUGGACCCAUCAGCUACCUUGAUGAAGUUCCCUUCAAGAUCAAUGACAAAUUCCGCUGUCCAGCCAAAGUGGGGCUGCCUGUCGGUUUCUGCCUCCCAGACUGUGGCGCUCUGCUGGAGGACUCGGAGUUUGACUUUUCCCUGGAGAGGCGUAGUGUGCGCUGGGGGGUUGAACUGGCUGAGACCAGAGCAGUAGAAGCCAGAGCAGCAGAGGCAGCAGCCAAGCACGAGGCAGAGAGCAGGGAGUGCAUGGCACAGGACAUUGAUGGUGGUGGAGGGAAGAAAACCCGGUCUGCUGCACAGGACCAGGACCUUUUACCACCAGCGUUGAACCCUGUCCUGGCAGGGUUCAGCCAUAACGCCAUCCUCACUCCAAUGCCUGCCUCGAGCCUUGGCCCCAGGAAAAUCCAGCCUAGCAUUCCCCAGUUGCACAGCCUCAACCUAGCUGACUUUGAGCGGGAAGAGGACCCCUUUGACAAGCUGGAGCUCAAAACUUUGGACGAUAGGGAGGAGCUCAGAAACAUCCUCCAGAGCCAGCCACAACCUCAACCUCCUCCCUCUGUAUCCCCACCAGAGGUUUCCCAGUUAGGGUCACGUGGAAACAGCCCCCCUCCUCCGAGCACCAUCACCAGCCUCACCUCCAAACCUGGCUUCACCCAUAAACCCAACGGGUUGGUUGCCUUGCUGGACAUGGACAGAGUUGGACACCCUGGGAGAACGGGGUUUGACACUGAUGAUCGGCCCUGUAACAUCCGCUCUCUCACUUUCCCCAAGCUCUCUGAUUCUGGUGACCCAGAGCCAGUGAGGUACAGCCCAUUCCCUGCACCCAUUCCUGUUCCCCGACAGAACCUUCCCAACGGCAGCCCACAGACCAUACCCAAGACCCAAGUUAUUGUUGCCCCUGAGCCAACUAACCACACCAAGAGUGGUGCACCAAAACCGGCCAACCCAGGGUCAGGAUCUGCUGGUCUUCCAUGUGGCGGAGCCCUGCUCAGCAUGACCCCCAGCGAGCGUCAGUGUGUGGAAACCCUUGUGGGCAUGGGCUACACUUAUGAGGGUGUCCUCCGGGCCAUGCAGAGACAAGGGCAGAACGUGGAGCAGGUACUGGAUUACCUGUUUGUCCACGGGCGUCUGUGUGAGCGGGGCUUCGAUUCAAGUGCAGUGGAGGAAUGUUUAGAGAUGUACCAAUGCUCAGAGGAAAAGGCCUUGCAGUUCCUUGAGCUAAUGUCAAGAUUUGGCGAAAUGGGAUUUCAGCGGGACGCCAUCAAAGAGGUGCUGCUGGUCCACAACAAUGAUCAGGACAAGGCUCUAGAGGACCUGAUGGCUCGGGCUGCUGCUAGCUGAGCCAAACUAACCAGCCAGCCAAAGCCCAGCCCAGGGCUUUGCCUCCCGCUAAUACCCAACACAGCCCUUUUCCUUCUGCCUACCCCGUCACACCAUGCCCUGCCCUCGCCUUGGCUGUGGAAGGGACAGCUGGGAGACAGUUGUAUUUCUCUCUGUGCUAAAACAUAUCGUGUCUCAGCACUUCUCAAAGACUGUGUGCCUAGAGUGGAGGGGGUCAAAGUGUAACAAUACUUUCAUGGUGGUGUUUAUUUUCUAAGAGGUCCUGUGGUUAGGUUCCAGGAUUUUGUACUGCAAGGGUAUUCAAGAAUGGGAAAAUGACUGACUGAGCUGGAAAGGAGAAACGGCCUUUUGAUGCUGUUUUGAUUUGCUUCAACUUGGAAGUGUUAUCGGGACUGCAAACAAAGUUGCAGGACCGAAUGGGGAGCUGGUGACAGGCUCUGAGUACAUCACAGAAAGACCCGUUUGAACUCUUGAAACUUCCACACAACUAAGCUGCCAUCUUUUACUGCUCUGUGCAGACCUAGUAAAUGGUGGCGGGAUUGGGGGGUGCCUUGAGGAGGCGCUCUUCAAACUGAACUAACUAACAUUUAAAGUAAAGACAAAUUUAAAAGACAAAGAAAAAAAAAAAAAGCCCAGUCGCCAGACAGACCAAUGACUCUACAGAAGUGCCCUCUCUGCUCGGGUGCACUGCACCUAGUUCUGUUCUACUUUGUUCUUUCAUUCAUUCAUGUCUGUGUUUUUUUUCUGUUUAUUUGGGCACUUUUUUUCAUGUCAGUUUCAUUGAUUUCUGUUUUAGGAACUGCAUAAUAGAUCCUUAGUCACUAUAACCCAGAACAUAAGAGAUAGCACUACCCCAGUACUCUCUUCGACCUUCACUGGAAUGGCUUGUUAAAGGAGCAGGGAGAAAUAGUAGUAAAUAAUAAGAAAUACCCCAUAACCCACUGGCACUGAUGUGUCACAUACUGCACAGGUGCACACUCGUUUCAUAAUUAUCAACUUAUUUAAAACAGUACACUGAUACUUUUAUUUACAAAUAAAAAGUUUGCUAUGAUAAUGUAAGCUAUGUUAACUCGCAAAAGUGACGCUUUUAACUGUCACGGACCUCUGUGACUGGAAAAGAGUGAGUGGUUUAAAAAAAGAAAAAGAAACAAAAUGUGAGUGAAGCUUGUUCUUGCAGCCACCUCACAGUGCAAUAGAGAUAUUUCAUAUUGUGUGACUGUUGACUGGCACUUUGAGCCUCAAGUAAUUGUCAGGAGAUGAGCAAUGGUCUUAAAGCCUCGCUGGAAAUGUUGACGUAACUAGAAAAGGUUUGACUUCAGUGAUCUCCAUCAUUUAUUCUCUGUUAUUGGAUUUCAUUGCCACACAAUCUAAUCAAACAUGACUUUGAUUUGUUGAAUCAUUCACUUUAUUUUCUCAUGUGUAAUAUUAAAAGAGUGUACCUCUUGAUUUUAGGUUUGUUGCCAUUUCUACAGUCUUAAAUGGAAAGGAACAUUUUCAUAUGUUAAUUGGGUUGGGAUUGUUUAAAAGAUGGUCAGGAUCCUUUAUUUUUAUAGUAUGAGUUCCAUGCUACGUAUGUUUUAAGAAGCAGGUCUGCUCAGUUGCACCAAAGGCAAAGAUGGCAGACAUUUCCAUAAUCUUGAGCUCUGUGGUACUGAUAUUCGAGGCAUGGUAACAGAUUAAGGGCUUAAAAAUUUCCAAAAUGUGUUUUGAAGAACUUUGCUUCGUGCAGGUCCACUUUAUCUUAUAUUUCACAAAUGAAAAAAUAAAUGAACUAACCCCCUAUCUAUUUUAGAACAACCCCUGGUUUUUACUAAUCUAAUUGUAGUGCGGUUUAUUUCCAAUACAGACAAUGUUUUACUUUUUUUAAUACAAAAUAUUCGCUACCAAGUGUACCACUCAAACCAGAUGAGCUCAUGCUUGCCGGAAAUAAUCCUUCUGAAAAAACAACAAACAUCCCAGUGUUUCCUGAAGUGUCGACAUCACCAUGAAGCUGUCCUUCAAUCCAUUUUUGCUAUUCUUGGGGGGGACAGUGGCGGGUGCAGGCAAACAACAUGACAAGGCAAUGUGUCAUGUUAGUAUCAUUAUUCAUGCCAGAAUUUUGUCUGAUUUGUGGUUGACAUGAUCAACAUAUGUGUUUUCAUCCAGUUUUGUUUCUUCCUUUUUCAUUUACUGUGAUAAAAAAAGAAAGGUACACUUACUUUACAGACAAACACAUAAGUGGUAUUAUUGUCGCCUUACAUAACUAAAGUGAGGUUUCCUUAAUCAUACAUAAAAGCAAGUUUAUGUUUACUUGCCUCUCCUCCGACAGCCACACAAGUUGGAGUGAAUGCAGUAAAGCAGGUACUGGACCUCCUCCAACAAUGCCUCCUUCUGUUACGGUCUCCUAGCUGUGAAGUGAUGAAAUGCAACCUGGGCAUCAUGUUUAUAGUUUUACAGUAUAUAUCAGAUCCACCUUUAAGUCACAGCAUAAUUGAACAUGGAAUGCUAAUGAAUCUAAUGAACAUUGAAAUAUCUUAAUGGUAAAAUAAGAGGUGGUUGAGUAUUCUUUCCCAAGCUCCUGAAAUGUGAUUUGCAAAAUGUUCAAUUUCCUCUUGAAUGAUUUGGAGAAUCCUCACUAUUAAAUGUGCACAUCUUU